CCCACAAAUGAGACGGUUAACAUUAACCCAGUUCAUGAACCAACCUCACCACCAUGAAAGCUCUCUCUCAUCAACUUCUUCUCAAGCAACGCAAAAAUUCUUUUGCCCUUCAAUUCAAACGUCAACACCAACAACUACCUGUAGUAGUAGCCACUCUUCCUUUGUGUCCAAGCAAUCUUUAAGCUCCCACCAACACCAGGAUGAUCAAAACCUGAGGACCAUUCCAUGCUGUUUUAUUUCUUCCAAAUUUUGGGGCAGACUAAGACUAAUGCUAGGCUGUGGUGAAGUUUCUCCAAUGGCGACCCAAAGGGACUCAUUUCACACGCCCUUGGAGAUUGUAAGUUUUGUCUAUCAUUUUAUGCUUUGUUUGCCAAGGAGGUUUCUUAGUGCAUCUACUACACUCGAGAAAAAGAUCAAUUGCUAGUAAUAUUGUAACGUAUUUUUGAUGCAUUUCUUACUUGCCAUGAACGAUUCAAGCACGAACAUCCCCUCCUUUCUUGCUUUCUUUGCCAUGAUUACAAAAGAGAAGGAAGAAGUUUAGUGAGCAGCAAAAGAGGGAGCAUCUUGAAAGAGAGGUCUCUAUGCUUCAAAAAAUGUUGAAUCAAGAAGAAAAUAUGCAUGAGGUUUUGGAGCAUAUCCUUAAUCAACAUAAUGGUUCUGCUGUCAGCAUCCCGAACUUCCUUCCUCCUAAGAUAAAGCAGCUGUUGGCAGAGUUAGCCAUGGUUGAGGGUGAGAUACUUAGACUUGAAGGCCAAAUAAGCGAACUUCAAAAGAGUUUGAAACUUGAGAAGGAUGCCGCCGAAGAAUCAAAGUCCAAACAACGGAAACAUGGAACUCUAAGCAACCGUGUGGUUCAUUCAUCACCAACAACAAACACAAACCCCAUUAACAAAGUUGGUAAUGAAACGAUGGCCUAUGAGACCAAAGCAUUGCAUUUCAUAAGUAAAGCUAUAAAAGGCGAUUAUAAUCUCAAUGAUUUCACUAUAGCUGAGAAAUUGGGAAAUUCAAGAGGAUUUGCUGAUCAAAAGGAAAAUCUUCUUCAUGAGGCUGUUAAAUUUCAGGACAAGAUUCCAAGAAAAAGUGGGAUGCUGAAGCCAUCCUCACCCUUGCGUGAACCACGACAUCCAUCACCCAAGCUAAAAGAACGUAAUCCACCAAUUCUUUUAGACCUCCCUCCAAAAUCUCUACCUAAUGCAAACCAAUCAGAAGAAGAAAACCAGCAAUGGCAACCCAACAAGCUAUCUGAGAGCAUCUUGAAGUGUUUAAAUGUCAUAUAUACGAGACUGCUUAGAACAUCAAGAGCAAUGGAGUUGGAGAAGUUAGGCCCCGUUUCAAGGUCCAUGAACGCUUCUUUUAGCUCAAGAAGCUUCAGGGCCGAGACAGGCUUAAAGUCAAGCCUUAUACAAAAGGAAUCAAGGCAACAAGACCCAUAUGGUAUCUUCAACAUGGACGAGUCUAUUCCUAGGGACAUUGGUCCUUACAAGAACUUGGUUGUAUUCACGUCAAGCUCUCUGGACCACAAGUUCAUAUCAAGCCCCAGUUCUAUUCCUUUGCUAAGAAAGUUGAGGGUUUUGUUGAACUCUCUCCAGACGGUGGACUUGAGAUUCUUGACUAACCAACAGAAAUUAGCAUUUUGGAUCAACAUGUACAAUGCUUGUAUCAUGCAUGGAUUUCUUCAAUAUGGUGUGCCUUCUACUCCAGAAAAAUUGCUUGCAUUGAUGAACAAGGCAACCCUUAACAUAGGAGGUAAUAUUAUAAAUGCUCAAGCAAUAGAGCAUUUUAUAUUGAGAAAGCCGGCUUCUUCUGGUGUGAAAGAGGUUUAUCUUCAGGGUGACAAGGAUGAUAAGGAAGCCAUUGUUCGCGAACUUUAUGGACUUGAAUCAAUGGAACCAAAUGUCACAUUUGCUCUGUGUUGUGGAACUCUUUCAUCUCCUGCCGUAAGAAUGUAUACAGCCGAUGGUGUUGUUUCUGAGUUGGAAAAAUCAAAGCUAGAUUAUUUGCAAGCUUCAAUAGUAGUGACUAGCACAAAAAGAAUUGCAUUCCCAGAGCUCCUGAUUCGAAACAUGCUUGAUUUUGCUGUAGACAUAGACACAUUGGUGGAGUGGAUUUGCCACCAGUUACCAACAUCUGGGUCAUUAAGAAAAUCAUUGGUGGAUUGCUUCAGGGGACAAAACAGUGGCAAGAUAUCUAGCAUUGUUGAGAAGAUACCAUACGACUUUGAAUUCCAGUAUCUGCUGGCUAUAUAGACUCCAUAAUUUUCAUCUCUAGUGUUGGUCCAUUCUCCAUAACAAAUAACAAUAUAUAUAUUAGGAAAUUAACUUGGUCACGUUGAUUUUUUCGACUUUAUUUUAUAAAUGUCAUGGGAGAUUUUUUUUUUUUUUUUUUUUUUCAUGGGAGGGAGAUUUUCUUGUUACCAACUCAUUACUGGAUUUGCCUAGAACUAAGUUGACCUCGACCGUCCUCAAUAUUAAGUGGUCAAUGUAUAGUUAACAGUCGCUCUCAAAAUGAAUAGUAAAUAUGCGAUUGGGUUUUGCUUAAAA